GUAAAUUAUUCAGUUGGUUAAGUUAAGUUCAUAAAUAAAUAAAAAAAUAAGUAUACAUUUUUUCUUUAAAGAUAUUCAAUGUAUUAAAACUCCUCUCUUGAUCAGUUUUCCGAAUUUGACAUUUCUACCUAGUAGGAUAGUAUUCGAUAAUUCCUUUAUACACGACGACUCAUUGUCUGCGGUAGGUAGACAAUAUUCUCUCGUAGAGUACAAUUUAGUACUCUAUUGUCGAAUGGCAGCUGAAUUUACAAAAGUUUCUCGCUUUUAAUUAGAUACUGUGUAUUAAAAACUUAAGUUAUUUGAACAACAACAAAUAACGUUUACUGCGGCUAAACAGAAACUAUAAUACUAACUACAAUAAAUAUGAAAAGGUAAUCGUCCAACGAUUUUUAUCCAACGGAAAACGUGUCGUUAUUUAUUUAUAGCAACGUUGUUUGAUAUAAACCAUAAAUAGAAGAUUCGCUAUAUGUUAUAGUUAUCCGAUCUGAACAUUUUCUUUACAGAUUAUAUUCUUUUGAUAACAAUCCGUGUUAAAAUUCUAUAAGAUACCUUGCUAAAUGAAAAAAUUUUCUAAAAACGAACCUGUUCUUAUCGGUUUGCUUGUAUGACAGCUAUUUGCUAUAGUGCUUCGAUAAAGGUGAUUCCGACAAAUAAACAGCUUCUUGGACAGAAAACGAGUAUAAAAUUUCAGAUCAAUAUUUCAAGCACUGAUGGACUAGUUCGUGUACAUAUAAGCAGACAGACGGAAAUGGCUAAAUCAAGUCAGCUCGGCCCGCUGAUCAUUUAUAUAUACACUUUAUUAGACCCAAUAAAGUAUAUAUACUUGUAUAACAUAAAUGAUCAGCGUGACGUUUCUUUCUGAAGACUCAAAACAGUUAGUAGAAUGUUUGAACACUGUAACACAUUGUAAUUUAAUUGCAAAAUAAUAAGAUACUAAUUGUAAAACUAUUGCUUAUUUUCAUGGAUUGAUGGAAUUCUAAAUAGUGUUAUAUUGAAAGUAGACGUGGAUGUACUGCAUUGCUCUGCUCAAAUUUGAGGACAUCCUCCACCUCAGAAAUUGAAUACAACGUUAACAGAGAAGUUCAGUUAAUGCUGUAGCUUAUCACAAAUAAUUAGAUACCACAUUGCUGAUCAGUUCAGAACACAGUCAUAUCACUCCAUUACUAAUGGAUCUACCGAAUAUUACUGUAGUAGUGCUCUACUUGCUUAUUAAUGUAAUUUUCGGACUCGAAUACUAUAAUAUCAUUAUGAUAGAUAAACCCGGGAAGAUCUUAACAUAGUCGUCUUCUUACAGACUCCUGCCCUGCCUUUCCAAAAAAAAAACUUACUAUUAAAGAUGUAUCAUUUCCUCUAUGCAAAUAAUAUAAUACCAAUGCACCAUUUCGGGUUUUCUGCAAAUAUGGCACUGUAGAGCAAGUAAAUAUAAAUACUAACGAAAUCAGAAUAUCAUUCAUUCACAGAGAGUACUGUCAUGACUUACGUCAAAAAACCGAUUUGGAUGUAUGAUAUUCAACGGGUAGGUUGGUUGCACAACAUUGAUAUAACACAGAAGUUCCAGUCAAAAGCUCAUAGAGCAAUAUCGGGUUAUCCAUGGUACAUUCGAAAUAAAAAUAUUCGCAAAGUUCUUUGUAUUCCUAUGAUAAAGAAUGAAAUAAAGGACAGUAGAAAGAUUUAUUCAUCUAAACUCCGAGAUCAUCCAAAUCCUUGCUACAAUCCUGCAAUCAUGGCCGUAGAUUAAAUCCCAUAUCUCAGCAACUUCAAACAUCACUGUAGGUGUGGGAAUGAAACCUUGCACCAAUAUUGUAAGGGAUGGCACCUUACUUCUAAAAAUGGUCGGAGUCAGUCUAUACCUUAGAUCGAACUUUAGUACUUUAAUGUCUAUGACUGACUUUAUACCGAAAAUAUAGGUUGGCUUGUAGGAUAUCUUAACAGAACUAGGGGAGCAUCUUUUAUUGAUAAAAAUAUGGUUUUGUGAUAAAAAUCUAUUAAAUCCCUGCAGCACUUUCCUAGUCAGUAUUUGCCUAAUAUAACUAUUUCCGAAAUCCGAUUUACCUUAGACCAUUUCUAUCGAUCGAUUCAGAAUUUUAUUCGAUGAGUUUGCACAGAGCAAUAACCGUUGCUCUAACCGUUGUUUAUAACACCUAAUACUUAGAGAAAUAUAAAAAAUUUUAUAUAUCAAAAUGAUCAGAUUGACGAAUUGUAUUUCGGAUGUCUGUCUGUCCGUCCGCCAGUGCCAGCGAUAACUUUAGUAAAAAUUGCGAUAUCUCGAUGAAUGCGACGUGUUCCUUGGCACUUUGAAGUAUGGUAUUGCAGAUGGACAAAAAAUCGGGCCAUUGCUACAUCAACAAAGUGCCGUUAAGUAAAAAUUAAAAAGUGCUAUAAUUAAGCCAUAAAUUUUUAACGCAAGUACAGACGAUCACAGAAGAGAGGGCCAGCUCUUGUCAAAAAAGUGGGCGUGGCAAUUGUUACGUUGAAAACUACUAAAAAAGUGAUAACUCACAAGAACUGUAUGAGCUUUAAAUUUUAUAGUAUAAAUUUGUUAAAUAUCUUAACGAAAUGAAAUUCUUUUCUAAAUAUCGUAUGAGCUGGUGCAAAAAAUCAACGGUGGUAUAUAAUCGGAAUUUUGGGGUUGGCAAAGAAAAAAGUGUACUUAAUUUUAUUAUAUCUCUUGAUAAGCGCUUGAUUUAUAUAUAAAUUGAAAUAAUAUGCAGGAAUUUAAAAUUGUUUUGUUUGGGAAGUACGCAUAAUUGUAGUCGAUUUGGUAAUAAUUGGGUGAGGGGUUGUUGAAAUAUGUUAUUUGAAUGUAACUCUCAUCAACUAAGUCUAAAUACGAAUUUGGUUUAACAUGGUGUGGCGUUCCUGGCUCUAAUAAAAAGUAACUUCCCAAAAGUUUAACGUUGAGCAAACACGAGCCAAAGCUAAACUACACAAAAACGUAUCAUACUUUGAACUCAUGCAGAAAGAAUGUUUAUACUCUGAACAGGCUAUUUGCCAUAAAGUUUGUAACACCCAGAAAGAAAGGUCGUAGACGCUAUAAAGUAGUAUAGUUAUGUAAACUAAAAGACUUCGAGCACGCGUUGCUGUGGCUACGGUAUCUAUUAAAUGUAUUAUUAUAAACUAUUCAAUAUAGAAAAUACUUAUUACUUACGACAAAAACGUUAUAAGCGGUAUAAAAAUACACGGAAUUCAAAUUUGAAAAUUACUUAAAAUUCGAAAAUGUUCGACAAACAUUUUCUUUGAGUUGCUAUUAAGCAAAAGUCAACAAAAGAUGUUGAAUUUUAUUAAAAUACAAUUUGAAAAUUUACGUUUUAAUUUUCAUCACCAACAAAAGUGAUUGAUUUUAAAUUUAUGAGAUUGCCUGACAAAAUCUAUUUUAUCUUGAAAUUAAUUUCGUCAACAUCUACAUUUGUGGCAGUGUGUGGAAAAUGUCUGGCAAUUUAAUGCACUGUGUAUUUGGUUGCAGUGCUAUUCUAUCAUUCCUAAUAUCUAGCAAUUGUUCGGAAUAUAUUUGUGCUGAUGAAUCAAUUUGCAAUUGUACUCGAUUAUUUAUGGAUGAUGGAAACAUUUCAACAUUUCACCAUUUCAUCAUAAGAACGAUUGCUUAAACAUUCGUUAAUCUCAUUGGCAUAAGAAAUGCGAAAGGUAACCGAUCAGUCGAAAAUCACCAGAUAGUUGAUAGUUAUGGUCGAACUUUUUCUCAACACUGCCUGGCGAUACAUCUGCCAAAAAAAUCGCCUUGUUCAGUAACAACAAUCAGUAUAUGGUAAACAAAAAUUACUGUACUCUGGCAGAGCCUGAUGAUUCUUACAUGAAUUUCGAUUUUAAAAAAUAAAAUUUUUUUAUGUAUGAAUUGUUUUGACUUUGAACAUUAAAAAUUUCUUUUAUAUAUAUGUAUAGAUUGCAAAAGCGGCGGUGGUUUUGCAAAAAAGGUCUCCGUUAGGACCUUCUGCAGGAAUAAACGAAUAACUGUACACAUUUUUACGUCUUUUCGUGCUGUUGUUUGGACGUUCUUCAAGUACCAAACGAAAUAGGGUUUCAUUUUUAUAUUUAAGAAGAAGAAGGUGAACAGCAUAUCGCGAGUCUAUAUAUACGCAUACUAUUCCCUCAGUUUUUGAGAUGUCUAUCUGAAUAUCGGACCGCUAUAGCAUAUUGCUGACAUACAUACAAAGUAAAGGAUCAAAGUCAUCCCCUUGUAUGGAAAACUGUUUUUAGCUGCUAUAUAAACUGACUGAUCAAAAUCAUGCUAUUGAAUGGAAAACUUUUUUUAUUUAACGAGGUAUCUUCACGAAAUUUAAGGCAACGGUACAAUCUCCGAAGAAACUGUUCAGCUCGGACCACUGUAGCGUAUAGCUGCUAUACAAACUGAUCGAUCAAAAUCAACUUUGAAAUGGAAUGUUUUGUAGUUGUAAAGGGUAUUAUAGCUUUGGUACUGCCGUUAACGUUUUUUCUUGUUUUUACGUAUUGUUUGUAUAGUUUCGUAUAUUCAUAAAUAUACACAUACAUAAGAGCUACUGUUAAUGCUGCCAUGAUUGCAAUAUUUGUAUUUGCGCUUAAAAUAAAUCAAAAUGUUUUAAAAGUUCUUAACUAUUAGCUAUUUUAGUACAGCGCUGUCUCUUUACUACUCAAUAUUCUGGAGUAGAACGCAAUUCAGGCUUUGCGUUGAGCGCUAUGGCUGGCUUUACUACCACGGUCAGUGUUUAGCAGCAACUCUCUCUCUGUUAGUUGUACCACACAACUUAGCUCACGUGAGACGAACUCUACUCCAUUCGUGGGAGCUAAUAUCAAACGAAAGCAAAACACAGGCUAACUGCCAACAACCAAAAACGUUAAUGCAGUAGGUUUUGUGGAGCGAAAUAACGUGGCUAGUAGAACGCGCGUGCGUUAUUUUGACGAUAACGUUGUUUUCAUCUGACUUUACACUUUUUGUUCAAGUUGGAAUUGCGUUCUUUUCUUUUUUGAUUUGAAUCAAAUUUUAUAUAAAAUAUGUAGUGAAUUUAGUUCAACGGAUGUAGCUGUUAAAACUCAAAAUUUAUUUUUUAACAUUAGUACGAAUAGUUAUAAUUUUGUGUUAAUGAGAGCUCCCCGGAAUGGCUUAUCACAGCUCGAAUGGAGGUGCUAUUGGUGGUAAUAGCACAGCUGGCGGCAGUUUACGUGGUAUUGCUGGUGAAAUGGGCUCCAGUGAAUAUUCCGGCGAUGAACGAGACUCUCGAAGCGGCGAAGAUCAUCACGAGAGUGAUUUGAACAAUAAGCCAAUAUAUCUUCUCGAACAUUUAGCUACCUUUACGGUAAACAAGGAAUCCGGCAUUGUCCAUCCCGCAGACGGCAUGCGACGGCUGUUACAGUUGGAAAAAACUACGGGUAUAUGGUCCCAGAAAAUGCAAUUAUGUUUGGAUUACCAAUGGGUGCUCAUAAUGGAUUAUGAAACCGGAAAUAUCAUAGAAAGAUUUCCAGCAUCUCUUAUACAGGAGCCAACAGCAUUUACAUCUACUGAUGCCAUGGAGUUAUAUAAUAAUAUAUUAGUAUUUAUCGUGUCCGGCGGCAGUGGCUCACGCUCAGAAAUGCAUAUAUUUCAGUCACAAAGUGUAUCCGCCGUGCAUUUGGUUGAAGACUUAAAGAGCAUAAGGAAUGGCAAAAUGGUGACACAACAGCGUGACGGCUUAAUGCAUCAACAACAAUCGCCAUCAAGUCAAGUAAGCCAAAAAAUCGGUCCUACUGGUUUAGUUAAGUCAUUACCAGCCUCCUCUAAUCAGCAUAGCCGCAGUGAGCAACAAAUUCAUCAUCUUCACAAUGGUGGUGCUAUUACGCCAUCACGCACUAGUAUAGACCAAUAUGGUUUACACAUCCGCAGUCCCAUGCUAGAAAGUAGUCAUACAGUUGCUGUUGCUGGUAGCGGUAAUGGAAAUGGGGAAACAGAUUCCGAACAAGGGGGAUUAAAUGACGAAACUAGUUCUACGUCUAGUGAUAAAUAUGAACGUGAUGUAGCUGUGUUAAAUCAUUGCUUCGAUGACAUAGAAAAGUUCAUAGCACGUCUGCAACAUGCAGCUGCAGCAUCACGCGAACUGGAGCGUCGACGCCGAAUCCGAAAAACAAAAAAGAAAGAUCCCGGCGAGGGUUUAUUAAUGUUGCGUACUCGACCGCCUCAUGAAAAAGAGUUUAUCGACAUUUUCGCCAAAUUUAAACUUUCAUUUAACUUGCUGGCCAAGCUGAAAGCACAUAUACAUGAUCCGAAUGCUCCUGAACUAGUUCACUUCUUAUUUACACCGCUGGCACUAAUUGUCGAGGCCUCCAGUGACACUUAUUAUGAGUCCCAAUUGCCAGCACGUGUGAUCAAUCCAUUACUUACACGUGAAGCCAUAAAUCUGUUAAUCAACUGCGUUACGAGCAAAGAAACUGAGCUAUGGCGCUCUCUUGGUGACGCUUGGAUUAUACCUCGCGAUCAGUGGAAAAAUGAUGUGGGAUCAUACCAUCCUGUAUUCAUGGAUGGAUGGUCCCCAGACUACUUGGUAAUCGAUGAACUGGAAACCCUUAGUAUACCAACAAACCUUAGCAAGCGUCGCUUAGAUGUUAAAUCACAUUUGCAUGCCGAUCAUACCAGCCACAGCGGCCCGAACUGUCGCCUAGUUAGCAGUAAUAGUAAUUACAGCAAUACCGCUUUACACAUAGGCCAAGCCGAAGAAUACGAAACAAGUAUGCCAAUUGAGAAAUAUUCUGGUCAUUAUGAGCGCGGUGGUGAAAGACUUCUGGCCACAGAUGGCAUAAGUGGCGCUGCGAACAGUGGGCCUGGUGAUUUUAGCAUACACAGUGAAAUUUCAAUUGAUUCAAUUGAAGGUAGCGGAGGGGCAUUGCACGGUUUGCAAAUUAAUAAUAACACUGCAGCUGGUAUUCAAGAAAUAUCAACAGGAAUGCAACAAUUACAUGCACGUGACCCUAAAAAUACCACAGGCGGGCGCAAUAAUAACUCAGUUUCCGAAUUCUCUGGUCGUGAUAACAGCACCAACGACGAACAAAUAUUGGCAGCGUGGCUAGAUGACUUACAAACAGCUCAUGCUAAAAUUGUCCUAGUCACAUAUCCCCGUACAGCCAACAAUGAUAAAGAGCUAAGUGUGGUUCGUGGUGAAUAUUUGGAGAUUUUGGAUGAUACGCGAAAAUGGUGGAAGGCUCGUAACAUACGAGGUCAAGUGGCUCAUGUUCCACACACAAUUGUCACUCUAUAUAACUACGCCGACGAGUCUGCGAGCAAUCAGUUCUAUGGGCAACAACAAGCACCGUCACAUCUGCAAGGAAACAAUAGUUAUGCUCACCCGAGGAACGCGAUAAAUACAAAUCUCAGUGAUAAUAUCGAGACUCACCGGUCACAUGACACUACCAACUGGAUUCGAAAUAAGCAUCUGGCACAAUAUACCGUAUAAAAUACGUACAACUAGCAUCAACUUAAUAACCAUUUAUAUUGCAAUCAAAAAUAAUAGUUUGAACUCUAUAUUGGCAUGGCUGCAUGUAAACUUUUUUCUGCUGCUUCCGCUUGCACCAGCUUUUAACUUCAAAAAAAUUCACCAAAAUUUGUCAACACAAUCCGUAGUUUUCAUUAUACCCUGAUCAGGGUAUAUAAAGUUUGCCACCAUGUUUGUAACAUCCAAUAGGAAAAGUCAGAGACCCUGUAAAGUAUAUAUGAUCAAAAUGGGUCUCAUCAGACAUAAACAGGAAAUUUAUCGAGUUAUUGUCUUCUUCGGGAAUUUCAAUCAUUUUUUGGCAAAAUCCAGCCGAAUAGCCAAAUCUAGAAUGUUAAGCCGGCGUGUUAUUUGAACUUUAUACGGAAACAGGUUUCAUGAAUUAUCCAUUGUAAUAACCGUCUGCUAACUACCAGUUGCGUCGAUAAGUUGCGAGUCGAAACUCUUGGAUUUGCCUGAAUUGGCAAUGCAACAGCCGUGAUUGUUUCUUGAACACAAACAUAGCAUACGGAUCUCGAUGGUACGGUCUUCUUGCGCUACUUCCAGAUUCGGCAAACAUGUUUACCAACCUCAAAAUGGUUCAUCUACUCGUGGGAAUGCCGCCGAAAUCCCGUCUGAAUUCCCUUUGGACGGAAAUUACGGUAUUCUAAGCAUUAAUUUUAAAAUAAUAUAUAAUAUAAUAUUAAUCUGCCAAAAAAAAAGUAAUUAGAUCACUCACACAGAAAAAAAGUUAUUACGGUUUGUUUUUGUAGCCCGAUUCGUGAGCCACCCUGUAUAUAAACGAUUGUAACGAGCUGAGUUGAGUGCUCGUAUGGAAAGCUUUUUAAUUUAACAAGAUAUCUUCACGAAAUUUGGCAUAGAUAAUUAUUUAAGGCAAUAGUGCAAUAUCCGAAGAAAUUGUAUAGAUCGGAUGACUAUAGCAUAUAGCUGCUAUAUAAACUGACCGAUCAAAAUCAUGCUAUUGAAUGGAAAACUUUUUUAUUUAACGAGAUACCUCCACGAAAUUUGGCAUGGGUUAUUGUUCAAGACAACGGUGCAAUCUCCGUAAAAAUUGUGCAGAUUGAGUAGUUAUUGCUCAUAGCUGCCAUACAAACGGACCCUUCAAAGUUAUUGUAAGAAAUCUUUGGUAUUUAUAAAGGGUAUUAUAACUUCGAUGCAACCGAUGUUAACGUUGUUUCUUACAAAUAAUAAUAACCCAACGAUUACCCUCUUCUCGCCCUACGACGCGAGGGACACAAUCCAUAUACAUGCGAAAUUAGCUACUCAUGAAUGGCAAGAGAGUUUUUUAAGCGUCGAUAUCUAAAAUUUCUCAGCUAGAGAAACAUAAAUUUCAACAGCUAAUUUUUAAAAUUACGUUAUAAUAAAUUGUUAAGCCUUUAUUUAUCAAG